CAGACUUUGUUGCGGUGCACGUGACAAGCAGGUAGUAUUGUCUCUUUCCGAGAAAUUUAGACCAUCAAGAUGGGGCGGAACGCAAAACUGCACAAACGCAUUAAAAAGAAGACAGCUACAUCAUCUGCGUCACACCCUUCUCUCAGCGCUGCCAAAACAUCGGCUCCACAUGUAGUAUCAUUACAGGUACAAGCCACAAGGAGACGCGCAGAUCUUAAGUCAAAGUCAAAGUCAAAACCGUCAUCAAGCAAGGCCACGGGAGAACAUAUUCUCGGAGGCGCGGAUUAUGUGACAUUACUUAUGGGCGGCCGCAAGAAAGUUGCAGAGGAAGCUUUAAAGUUACCAAAAGACUGACCAAAAGUGUGUUUGCAACAAUUCCAUCCCGCAGUGCACAAUUCUCAACCAUUUUAUAGACCUGCACGAGCCUGAUGCUUUUUUAAGCCUCAUGGAAAUACCAAGUCAGACGUAUUACGAUCUCCGAACAGUAUUGUUUGCAUGGCAACUAUGUGCAUUCAUGGGGUAUCUUCGGGAUAU